AGGCGGGAGGAGGCGGCGGAGAGCGGCGGCAGAGAGCGGCGGCGGAGAGCUGUUGUCCGUGCUCUGAGCUCGGAGUGAGCCGCCGGCGGGCCGGGGCGGCCGCGCUCCGGUCUCCGUCCGCACCCGGCGAGAGGCAGCGAGGGAGGCAGCGAGGGAGGCCGCUUGCCGGGCGGCCGGAGGCUGUCCGCCGCCCCGCCAUGGCGGCUGCAAGGCAAGUGCUGUGUCUGUGGGCUUUGCUGGGCGUGCCGCGCGUUCGCUGCGAGCCCAUCCGCUACUCCGUGGCCGAGGAGGGCGAGAGCGGCUCGGUGGUGGCCGACGUGGCGGAGGACGCGGGGCUGGCCCCGGCGCAGCUCUCGGCUCGCCGGGCGCGCAUCGCCUCGCCGGCCGGCCGGCAGCACUUUCGCUUGGAGCGCGGCAGCGGCCGCCUCGUUGUCGCCGAGCGGCUCGAUCGGGAGGAGAUGUGCGGACGCUCCCGCACCUGCACGCUCGCCUUCGAGCUGCUGCUCGCCGACCCGCUGCAGUUCUUCCCGAUCGAGGUGUCCGUGGAGGACAUCAAUGACCACUCGCCGGUCUUCCCGGACGAACGAGUGACCUUUAAGAUCCCUGAGAGGGGCGACCCGGGCUCGCGUUUCCCUGUGGGGGCGGCUCAGGACCUGGACAUUGGCAGCAAUGACAUCCAGGCGUACAGCAUCAUUCCUGAGAACGAGUUCUUCACUGUCUUCAUUCAGAGUGAGAAUGGGAAGUUUAUAGAACUGGUUUUGGAGAAGCCUCUGGACAGAGAGGAGCAGCCAGAGAUGGAUUUCACUCUCGUUGCCACCGAUGGGGGCUCUCCGCCCAGGAGCGGGACCACCCAAAUCCACAUCAUAGUUAUGGAUGUAAAUGACAAUGCUCCCGUCUUCACACAGAAGGUCUACAUUGGUCAUGUUUUGGAAAAUGCUCCAGAGGGCUCUGUAGUUCUCAGAGUGGUGGCCAUUGAUGCAGAUGAGGGUGUUAAUGGGGACAUCUCGUAUCAGUUCAGCCAAUCAGUAGGACACAGGCAUUCAUUGUUCACGAUCAACUCCAAAACAGGUGAAAUUGGCAUUGCAAAGCCUUUAGAUUUUGAGACUGAAAAGAAACAUGAACUUACCGUGCAGGCAAUUGAUGGUGGGGGACUCUCAUCCAUGUGCAAUGUGAUAGUGGAGGUGCUGGAUGUGAAUGACAAUGCGCCGGAGAUCAUGGUCAGUUCCUUCAACAGCCCAAUCCUGGAGAAUGUAGAACCUGGAACAGUGGUCGCACUCUUUGCUGUCAGGGAUCAGGAUUCCGGUGUAAAUGGGGAGAUUACAUGUGCCCUUGAGGAACAGCUCUCCUUCGCCCUCAGGCCAGCCUUCAAGAACUACUACGAGCUGGUGACUGUGCGCACACUGGACCGGGAGGAGAGAGCACGGCACAUGGUGGUCGUCACGGCAGCAGAUGCAGGCUCUCCUCCUCUCACCAGCACCCACACCUUCAGCGUGGACAUCUCCGAUGUCAACGACAACGCACCCGCCUUCAACCAGACGUCGUACACCAUGUACGUGCAUGAGAACAAUGCACCUGCACUGCUCGUCGGGGCCGUGAAGGCGACGGAUGCGGACGCGGGGCCCAACGCCAAGGUGAGCUAUUCCGUGGUGCCAGCCCGUGGCCCGGAAGAAGAGCCCUGCUCGUGUGUGUCCGUGAACUCGGAGAGCGGAGGCGUGUUUGUGCUGCGGCCGCUGGACUACGAGCAGCUGAGGCAGCUGGAGGUGGUGGUGAGCGCUGCAGACGCGGGGUCCCCUCCCCUCAGCAGCAGCGUCAGCGUCCGCCUGCUGGUGGUGGACGAGAACGACAACGCGCCGCUGGUGCUGCACCCCAGCGCGCAGGACAGCAGCCCUCCUUCCAGCGAGCUGGUGCCCGCCGGGGCCGAGGCGGGGGACCUGGUGAGCAAAGUGGUGGCCGUGGACGCCGACUCGGGUCAGAACUCGUGGCUUUCCUACCAGCUGCUGAGGGCCACGGAGCCGGGGCUGUUUGCUGUGGGUGCCCAAAGCGGGGAGGUGCGGCUGAGGAGGCCGCCGACCGAGAGGGACGCUGCGAAGCAGAAGCUCGUCGUGCUGGUGCGGGACAACGGGCGGCCGCCGCUGUCGGCCACGGCAGCGCUCAGCGUGCUCCUCGUCCCCGGCUCCUGGGACGCUCAGCUGCCGCAGCAGAGCCCUGCUGCAGGCGAGGACGACGGCUCCCUCACCACCUCUUUGAUCAUCGCCUUGGUCUUUGUGUCGCUCCUCUUCUUGCUGUCGGCGGCCGCCUUUGUCGCCUGCAAGGUGUGCAAGAGGAAGGAGCUGAGUAGCGGGCCCGUGCUUUACGGCGCCAGCAGCGUGCAGAGCUACGUGGCUGACGGGGCCGCUGCCGGGACCCUGCCCCACGCCUAUUGCUACGAGGUCAGCCUCACCACGGGCUCGGGCAACAGCGAGUUCAAGUUCCUGAAGCCCGUCCUCCCCAGCCUGCCAGCGCAGCACUGCAGCACGGGGGUGGGUGGCGCCCAUGCUGAGGAGUUCCCUCCCGUGCCUGUCACUAUGGAGGAUGCUGAUUUCGAGAGCCCCGGGAUGCAGUCUGUGGCACAAUUGAAUGGGUUUUAAUUCGCACAGGGUCUCCAGUUCGGGUAGAUUCGUGGCUUGUUUAAUUGGCAUUUGGGUUUGAUGGUUAAUUGCAUGUCCUCUUGUUUAGAUCUGCAUUUGUCAUGUGCAUCCCAUAGCACAAGGUUGCUGUGCGUUCCCUCUGUUCCCCUGAAAGUACAACAGCAACGUGAUUCAAGUUUCAUGCAUGUCAAUUAAUGGCAUUUUUAUGAUCUGUCAUGUUUCUGGAAUUAUCUGUUUAUGUCUGUUUUUGGAAUGCUUCCGCAGUGGAUUUCUUUCCAUGGUGCCCAGCUCAUUUCUUCCCCAUUUGCUGGGUGAUCGUUUGGGCCAUGCUUAUUCCUGAGGGGGAUGCAGAACUGCACAGCUGCGGGGCUCAGUCUGGAGGGCAGUUUUCUGGGAGUUCCCUUAGGUAGCCCGGAGUCUGCACAGCCGGUGUCUUUGUGGCUUUAAAAAAGAAGGUCUCUGUGCAGUGGCAU